CGAAGCAGCAGCAGCAGCAGCAGCAGCAGCUUGAGCAGCAGUCAUGUCUCAAUCACUGCGACCGUACCUCCAAUGCGUACGAAGCAGCCUGAUUGCCGCCCUGACUCUCUCCAACUUCGCCUCCCAGACCACUGAGCGUCACAAUGUCCCCGAGAUCGAAGCCCAGACCUCCCCCGAGGUGCUGCUCACGCCCCUGACCAUUGCCCGCAACGAGAACGAGCGAGUCUUGAUCGAGCCGAGCAUCAACUCUGUCCGCAUCAGCAUCAAGAUCAAGCAGGCCGACGAGAUUGAGAACCUGCUCGUCCACAAGUUUACUAGAUUCUUGGAAAUGAGAGCCGAGUCUUUCUUUAUCCUGCGGAGAAAACCUAUUCCUGGCUACGACAUUUCCUUCCUGAUAACAAACUUCCACACCGAAGAGAUGUUGAAGCACAAGCUUGUCGACUUCAUCAUUGAGUUCCAAGAGGAGGUUGACAAGGAGAUUUCCGAGAUGAAGCUCUUCCUCAACGCCCGAGCACGAUUUGUUGCCGAGUCUUUCCUGACACCGUUUGAUUAAAUUGCGAUGAACAUGUAUCCGCGAGAUGGGGAUCCAGGGGCGCUGAAUAUAGGUAUAAACAAUUGAGAGCUAAUCAACAAAAUAUCAUCAUCAUUGUCUAAAUUUGCUUGUCACCAGCUUACGCCCAAAGUGGG